AUGCGGCCUGUGGAAAUCAGAGAAAUGUCUAUUAAUUCUAAUGAAGCAGAAGUCAAAGGUUUCUUAGCUGCUUUUUCAAGCAGUAAGAAUGAAACUGCUUCUGAGUCGCACAUAGCGCCAUCUUUCAGAAGGAUAUUUAACCUGGCAAAGAACCGGCCAAGAAGAUCCACAUUUUACACAACGGGGGUGAAUAUCUGUCCACAAGACUCAGUGAAGCAAAUCACUGAAAAUCACCAGGCUUAUUACAAAUUAAGAGUUUGUCAAGAAGCAGUGUGGGAAGCCUUCCGAAUUUUUCUAGACAGAGUACCUGAAACAGCAGAAUACCAGUCUUGGGUCAAUAGUUGUCAAAAGGAGAAUUUCUGCCUGUUUGACAUUAGCCAGAACUUUAGUAACUCCAAAGAACACCAGACAAUGAUACAUCAGAAGCUGGGUUUAAGAAAGGAAACUCAACAUGAAAGGGAUAAAAAAGCUACUACAGUGAUGAAACUGGCAAGCAAUGAGACAGAGGAGAUCCCUGCAGUAAUCACAGUUUUAUCUCCUGUUCUUAGUUCUUGUUUUGUUAUGGCAAUGGGUGCAAGCAGUGACAUGGACUCUUUUAAACCACAAGAAACACCUGCUGUCUUUAAACCGAGUCUUCCUGCCGGGGACUUAUUGGAUACUUCAAUUGAUCCGGUCGUGGGCAGUUGUUUGGACUUAAUUAAUCGUAAGCUGGAGAGCUUAUUUCUUAGACUGGAUAAAGUUGAUGCUGAACACCGUGACUUUCGCGAAAUUUAUAUGUUAGCGGUAAACCAACCAAAGGUGCAGCAUAAUACCGCUAGGUGUAUUGAACACAACGAAACACCAAUUUAUGGGUCUCGUAGGGAUGGUAAUACACCUAUAGACAGUUUUCAGCUUCCUGUUCCUAAUACUGUUGGUGCGGAUCUCAUUGAACCGGAGCAAACUGUUAUGGUGGAUGCUAUUGGAUUGGAAUGGUCUGGUGAGAGUACAUGCCAGAAGGAAUUACCAACGUGGGGUUCAAUUAACUGUAGUGCUCCCAUUACUGAGUCUAAUGAAGGACUAGCUCGGGAGCAACUAUUGCCUGUGGUUGGAGGAGACCGGCAAUUUGUCAGUAUGGAUAAUUCUACCUUUGGAAAGACUGUUCGUUCCUUACAUGAUGGGGUUAAUACUGAUAAUUCCUCCCACCCUUUAAUACUACAUUCCAACACUGAGAAUGAAGGUAAUACCUCUAAUGCAAGUCUACCAGUUUGGCUUAAAAAUUGUUUCAACUUUUCUAAAGCAUCUAGUAUUGGCGCUAAUAAUAAUAGCACUAUGCUUAAUGAUAAUAACGCUUUAAAUGAUGGGUCAAACAGUAUUAGUUCCAAACUAAAGACUUUCGAUGCAUGUUUAUUUAAAUUAAAGAAGUUGCAACUUGAAGUUGCUUAUUUCACUGAAUGUCUUUCUUUGAAGAUAGUUCCAAAAGGUUUAAGACGUGCACCGUACCCAACCGGCCUAGAGGCCGGUUCAGUGUUUCACACUGAUUUGGUCAACCUGUCCAACCGCCAAGGAUUGGAAUUAAUUGAUUUAAUAGUCAAACACUAUACUCUGUGGAUAGAGGAACUUUCUUUGUAUAUCACUGACUUAGAUAAAAUGAUUACCAAUGACUUUGCGUUCAACAGAUACAAAUUUGAAUACGAGCGCACUUUUGUCAGCAUCGAUGAACAUAUGUUUAAAUUACAAUCCCAAAAAAUAAAGAAACUUUUUAGAGACUGUGAUGCUUAUAAGCAAGGGUUAGCUUAUCCUAACCCCCCAUUAGGUCAGACAUGGAAAAAGGGCAUUUUUUCUUCUAACCUUAUUGCUGCAACCAGCGGUGGUCAACAAAGUCCCUCAACGCAAGAGUUUGGUUCCACUAGUACUGGUUUGUUACAGCACAGUCCAGCGCCCCUUUACGGGGGCAAGAUCAAAAACAAGGAACUUCCAACAGCCACAAAUAAACACGAAGUGGAGGAACAACAAACAAAACGACAAGAGCCACUAUUAAGAGCUUUCUUUGAUGUUCCUUCCCGAGAUAAGAACAUUGAAGACAAUCUUGUCCUUUCGGAGGUUGAUACUACUGAUAUACCUUUGUCUGAUGAUUAUAAUGUGGUUGAUACUGAUUAUACAUUAAAAUCACCACAUGUGGACGUUGUCAGUAAUAAAUCGGGUGAUUUUAAACUAUACAAUUUUAGUACCACCAAAUUUGACACUGAGAUGGUGGAAUUUUUGUCUAAGGGUCUAACAUUUGUCCCUUCUAAACCUUUAAAUACUGCUGAUACUAUUUUAGAUAUUAAGCUUUUUAUUAGGAAAUUGAAUUUUACUUUAUUAAUGGGUAACAACUCUACCUACACUGAAUACGGACAGUUGCACAUUCCCAGUACUUACAACCCCCCACUCCACCCAGCUCUGGAAUUAUUUGAAAAAUGUUGUGAGCUGGACAUUAGGCACGCUAACACUAAUAGUGCAUUACGUAAUACAAGCCCUAAUUUGAAAAUGAUAGAAGUUGAGUACCUACAGUUUUUCAAAUCUCAAAACCUUAGGUUUUGUAAACCAGAUAAAGACCUGGAAGCUACUAACACAGUUCCAGAACAACUUCUAAAUGAAGUGGUGGAGUUUAACAUUGCACUUAAUAAUCAGGAAUAUUCCCAAGAGCUGCGUGAUCCAAGUUCUCCCUUUUACCAGGACCUGGCUCAGAAUAUGCGCAUCCAGAUGAUUAAAGCACUGGAGAAACUUCCUGGAUUCAUACAAAGUCGAGUCUUGGGAUUUAAUACUAUAGUUCAUUUUGCUGUAGUCUUUGAGAAAAGCCCUACUGAAACCAGUAACAUUGGUGAACGCUUCCUAAAUCCUGGAUCCAGUAAAGCAGAUAAUAAAGGAGACUCACCAAUUACAGAGGAGGGAAGGGAGAAGCCUGUCAUUUCUCGUACAGUGGUGAAGCUUCAGGAGCUGGUUGCCAUGGCACUUUACGAUGAUACAACACUAGGAAUGGAUCUUGGCACACUUCAGUUUAUAGAAGAUAUCACCAAGCCUCCUAUAGAACAGGACAAUUCUGCUGGAGAAGAAGCAGCCUUCAAUACCUCAGAUACUAAGCAAACGGAUCACACUUUAAGUUCAGAGGAACCAGUGGGCUAUCCUACUCUAGAGUCAGAACAUCAGAUCAAUGAUGAUGUGAAGAAGGUAUCUGCAGAACACACAAAGAAUGAAAAGCAGUUAAUAUUGCCUGAAAGUUUCCGUAAUGAGAUUCUAGCCAAUGGCCCCGAUAUGGCAACUGAUGUCACUCUUCCUUCGCCUGUAAAACUGAACAGCAUUUCUCAAGUGACACAAGGACUGAAUCCACUUAAAGGGUUUACCUUCCAGGCUGUAACACAUCAUGAUACAACAGCUGUACAAAACACUCAAGGUCCCUCAUCUCAUGAAAGUUCACUAAACCGAGUAACUUUUCCUAGAAGAAGUAAUGCUGAUGGAAUGCAAUCUUAUACUCCAGGUUUUACAGCUGCAACAGUCAAGCAGGAAGAUGAAGACCAAGGAAAAGGGAUCGUUUCAGACAGUCACAGUAAAACAUAUAUAGCUGUGAAGCCGAUUACACCUGAGCCCAGGAAAGAAUAUUACUCUGCUGUCUCCACAGGGCUAGAACCACUGAGCACUGGCCCACCUAUAACUUUUGCUACUUUAAUUACUGAUGGAGCUGCUAUUUCUCCCAAAGUUCAGCGGUUUGGUGACACUACUGCAUUUUCUGUCAAACAGUUUUCUAGUGAAUCAGAUGAAACUCCACACAGUAUUGGGGAAAUAGAUGUUCAACAUAAUACAGCCGGAGUUCUACAUUCUCUUGACUUGGUCAGUGAGUCAGAAUCAGCCGUACAUAUUCCGAUUAAUUCUACUGAAACCCCUAUUCAACAAGAACUACAGACUUCUAAUGAUUUACAAAAUGCUCACAGCACUUUAUUUUCUGCAACUCAUCUAGCAACGACUGGAUCAGAAAAUCGAGCAAUGAUGCAGCUUACACAGUCAAUGGACAACAACGGUAUUCCUGCAUCAUCUGAAAUCUCACAUAUUGCUGAUGUCUUCAGCAAACAAGAAACAGCUAUGACAAUGCAGAGCAUUUCUGCUGAUGCCAGCUUUAGAGGUACAUCAGUCUUUCAGGCUGAUGUGAAGGCAACUAGCCAGCCAAUGGGUUUUAUUUUACAUGAAGUGAAUACAGAAUCUGAGAAAGAAUUUGCAAAAGCUGUUUCUCACUUAAAGGGUUCCAACAUUUCUACCACACAGCCAGCAUUUUAUCAUUCUGCAGACUUAAUGCAAGAGCAAGAAACAAUUACAGUUGCAAAGAACAUCCCUUUUACCACCACUGCUGAAUCUGAGCUGAGCACCAUUAGUGAUAUAAUGCUAGCAAACACUACUGUCAUAGGUGAAACACCUUUAGCCACAGCUCUACCAGAGGGGGCACAAACACUAAACAUUAACAAAGCGGUGUCACAUGAUAGCAGCACUGUGCUAUUUGCUAUUUAUAAUGUUAGUGACGGUGACAGUAUGUCGAUGACAGACAUAACCAUAGAUAAUGGUCGAGAGUCCAUCAGCAGCAGCACCAUUCCUAGUGUCACCAGACAUGAUACUAAGGAAACUACUGUAGAUUCUUCAACCUCCACAUCUCUACUGUGGGAAGAAAAAAAUAUCAACAAUGGCAUUUCCUUUUCUUCAAUGGAUGCACAGGAAACACAUCUUGAGCAAGAUGAAGGGAAUAAAGAUAAACCCGAAAUACAAGCAAGCAACCCAAAUUUGUCUGCACCCAAAGGAGAAGAAAAUCCCUCCUUGACAUCAUCAUCUCCUUUUCAUACACCAGUGACUGCCGAGUCUGUGUUUGCUAUUGCAGUCUCUAAGGAAGGUACAGAAUUACAUAAUGAACAGGAAACACUUGUUAAUACUGAAUCUUUGUUUAUGACUGGGUCUUCAGUACCAUCCAUAACAAAAGCCCCAACAAGCAAAGUUGCAGAAUCUUACAGUUAUACACAAGGGUUUUUGGAUUUGUUGGUACCUGCAGAAGAUGCCUCCUCCAUACCUCAGCAUAUUCUCACAGAUGAGGCAGAGUCACCUAACCUGUCACUGGCUGCCACUGCCACCCCUUCUAAGAUCUUUUCGGUUAUCACUGAUCAGCCUAUACCCAAGAAUUUCAGUACUGCAGCUGUUCCUUAUGCACCAUCUGCUGACCAUAGCACUAGUAAUGUUUUUUAUUCAGAAACUGAAAUUAAAAAUGAAACACUUGAAAACAGCAACAACUGGCAAACGACAGCAAAAGAAAAGCCAGACUUGUAUACUUUAACACAGGAAGGUCAUCUCUUUGAAACAACUCCAUCUCCUCCUUUGCAGUACACAACCACAAGAUCAACAACAGCCAUAUCCACCAGCAGAGACUUAGUUGUAUUCUUCAGCCUGAGAGUUACAAAUAUACCAUUUUCAGAUGAUCUAUUCAACAAGAGUUCUGCAGAAUAUAAAAUGUUGGAGAAACAAUUUCUGCAGCUGCUACUUCCUUACCUCAAGUCAAACCUGACUGGAUUCAAGAAACUGGAAAUCCUCAACUUCAGAAAUGGAAGUGUGAUAGUGAACAGCAAAUUGAAGUUUGUCAAAUCAGUACCAUACAACGUCACUCAGGCAGUUCAUUGUAUUCUGGAAGACUUUUGUCAGAUUGCAGCCAAGCAGCUUAAUUUAGAAAUUGACAGCUAUUCUCUGGAUGUGAAGCCAGCUGAACAAGCUGAUCUAUGCAAGUUCCUUGCAUGUGAUGAAUUCUCGGACUGUGUGAGCAACAUAAGAAGAAAGGAAGCCAGAUGUAUUUGUCAGCCAGGCUAUGUCACACAGGAUGGACUACCUUGCAGGAGCAUUUGUGAACUACAGCCUGAUAUCUGUCACAACAGUGGAAAAUGUGAAGUUGUCACUGGCAAAGGAGCUGUCUGCAGACCUCAAGAUCCUUUUACACAAUCAAGUCUGAGAGUUUAGAACCUGAAUUAUUACAUUUGCAGUGUUGGCUUGAAUAAAACCAGAUUUGGGAUUGCAACAGUCAGGAGACUGCAAAGUGUCUUGUAGUAAUCUCACACCAGAAAGAUGCAAAGCAAUUUUUUUUCAUAUUACUACAACAUAAAGAAUGUCCCUGUUCACUGAAGACAUUAAGAAAAAAUGCAUAAACAAUGAUUUGUUUUAGUGUCUUUUUCUUGUGUGUUGUAAUGGUCUAGCUGCUCAAUUAAAUUGUGUUUUCUGUUUGAAAGAUUAAGUUAUUGUGUCAUCCAAGAAUAAAUAAGUGUCGGUGUGUUA